UUUCAGAGCCGGGACAGCGUUGCCUAGCAGCCGGGAAGAGGACUCUGGCUAGUUCACGUUACCGUUUUUUUUCUCUUACCCUGAGGAACAGCGGACUUUCCCCGUCUCAGUCUGCCUGUCAUCUGCCUGUUUAUCUCUCGCAGUCUUCAUACCAAACAUGCCACAGACCGUGACACUGAGGGGACCCUCUCCGUGGGGUUUUCGACUGGUGGGCGGACGGGAUUUCAGCACACCGUUAACUAUCUCCAGGGUAACGCCUGGCAGCAAGGCAGCUCAAGGUGACCUGUGUCCGGGCGACACCAUCCUGGCUAUCAAUGGUGACAGCACAGAGCACAUGACACACAUGGAGGCUCAGAACCGGAUCAAAAACUGCACCCAGCAGCUCUCACUCAGCAUCAGCAGAUCGGUUUCCGGAGACAGAGUGUGGUCGCCAGCAGUUUGCGAAGACGGCAAGACAAGCCCUUACAUGGAGCCUGACUCACAGAAUUUCCGUCCCAUCACCAGCGGGUACGGCAGUAACAGCCGUAAGCCUUCGUACACGCCUGAACUUCAGUCUCCUCAAGCUCCUCAGCCUACUUACCUGAAUAACGGACACUCCAGACCCAACAACGGCCAUAGCUACGGAUACGGGAAUGGAACCGGGCAUCAAGCUCAGUACAACAACCCAGCAGGGCUUUACACCCACAAUGGCAGCAACGGAGACAGAUCUCUGCCGAGCAAGAUGGGAGGUCUCAGCCUCAGCGCCACACACAGUCCAGAGCCUCCCACACAGUCCCCCGUGGGCCGUAAUGGCUUUGACCCACAGUCAGAUGUCUACAAGAUGCUGCAGGACUAUGAGGAGCCGGUCACUGAGCCCAAACAGUCUGGCUCCUUCAAGUACCUGCAGGAAAUCCUGGAGGCUGAGGAUGGAGGUGUGUCACCAACAGAGAGAAUGAGAAACUUGAAGUCUCCAGUCAGGUCACCAAUCCCAAAACUGGGAAGCCCCAUCCCCAGCCCCAUGUCGGGUCUUCAGAAGCUACCCCAGUGCACGCGCUGCUUUAAUGGCAUUGUAGGCACCAUUGUAAAGGCCCGGGACAAGCUCUACCAUCCUGACUGCUUCAUAUGUGACGACUGCGGCAUCAACCUCAAGCAAAGGGGUUACUUCUUCAUCGAGGACAAUCUCUACUGUGAGACCCAUGCCAAGGCUCGCGUCCAACCUCCAGAGGGCUACGAUGUUGUUGCUGUGUACCCCAACUCCAAGGUGGAGUUAGUCUGAGAUGAAGAGACUGACAUUAUUGUAAUAUAACCAAACUAUUUUAGAAUAGGGCUACUGAGUAUCUUAGCCAGCACUGAUCAGGAUCUGUCAAGUAGGACUGCUGAUCUUGGAUCAUUUUCUUCUUUUGGGAAGGUGGGAUGAAUUUUCAGUGAUCCCAGAUCAGCUCUUCUGCAGUGAUAGACUUGGUAUAUGGAGCAUUUUGAAAUUUGUUGCCAGAUUGCAACUCAGGGCUGACGAGUCUCCCUAAACUCCAAACGCCUUAAAAAAUAUAUAUAUAAAAGCUGUGCAUAUUUAACAUUUCCCAAUCUGAAAAAUGGCAUCUCGCAUCCAUUAGGGUUAAAAUUCAACUCUACAUACAAGAAAAAUACUAAACCAGUUAAAGGUCACACUCACAUUUAACUUAGUUUUAGUAGCAGAGACCAGAGCUUGCAGCAAAAAUCAGAAGAAAAAUAGGUGAGAUGUUAACGACUACUCCAGCUGUCUUCUUUGCAGUCGCUUCGACAGUGUCUGACGUCCAACUCAAGCCUUUAAAUUGAUGAUUGGUGUGUGUGCAGAGGGGUGUGUUAUUGAACCUGUUGGGACUAAUUUCGAAUGUAGCUUUUAUAAUGGCAGUAAACUACAAAUACCAGCAUUCAUUUUGCAAAGUCAUGUUAAUUACAGUCUGUUCUCAUACUAAUUGUUUGUAAAGUCUGCAUCACUAAUUUCAUGCAGUUUAAACUGGGGAAAAUUCAGUUUGUCAGUAUUUCUGUCUGCUUUACAUCCGUCUAACAAUAUGUUAGCAGUAAGUGUCUGGGUGGGUUUCAGUAGGUUGGGGACUAAAUUUUAAGAACUUUAACAGUUAUGCAAACCCUUGUUUAUGGAAGAGAAACUUAAGAAGAACUAGUGAAUUUAAAUUAAGAUUAAGUAUUGUAGCUUAGUGCGUGGAGGGGUUAAAUUUUAAAAAGAGAUGCAGAGGAUCUGAAGGAAACUGCUGAUCGUCACACGGUCAUCAGAGAUUUUAGCUCUUGUACUGAAAAAUAACAAACACUGGGACUUUUAAAGAUGGCUUUUCACAUUUCAGACAGAAAACUGUACAAGUUGUAAAGCGGUACUCCACAGCCUACAACAUGUGGGAGUAAUACUCACUCAGUUUCCGUUUUUUGGACCCACUACAUAGCUUUGGUUUAGUCUCCCAGUGGAAGAGAGAAAAAGACAGAAUUGGAAGUAUGUAUAUUUUUUUUUUAUUCCCUGUCUGUAUUGAAUUCAUGUGUCUGGUCACAGCCAAGGCCGUUAAGCAAUGAAUGAAAUAUAUUUCUACAUUUCCUCUGAGAGAAGGGGGAGCAUGUGAGGAGGGGGAAGAAAGAGAAAUGAGUUGGAUGUAAUUUCCUCUCCUCACUGAAAAAAGUGUGUCAUUUUGUGGCCAUCAGUCUUACUGAAGCUAUUGUGAAUAGAAGAAAAGACUGGAUGGAGAAGAGUGAUGUUAUUCUUCAUUUUAGAAAUAUUUCUAACGAAACUACUUUUAAAAUUUGACGAGUGAAUUUUGCAGUAGUGAAACCUAUUAUUAUUUUUUUUUCCAUGUUUUGGAUGGUGAUGAGUUGCUGAUGGUGUGCCAGUUAUACUAGUAAUCUUGUAAAUUUUGUGAAAAUUUUAACAUUUCCACAUUUUGCCUUUUGGUUUUGUACAUAUUGUUGCUUUAAUCAGUAUAACAUGUCAUUCACUUGCCUCUGCAUCUUGUCUUAGAACUUUUUUUUUACACAGAUAAUCGUUUCAUAUUUUUUAACUUAUUGUUCUGCCCACACCUGAUAUCAUUCUGGAUUUUCUUAUUUGCUUUUUUUUCUAGGUUCUAAAUAAAAUGAGAGAUGCAUUGCCAUGA